CUGCUGCUGCUGUCUUCUUCAGCGAGUGACAGGCGAAGCAGGAGGAGGGAAGACAAGUUUUUGUUUUGUUUUGUUUCGUAGCUUCGCCUGCUCCUCUUCAUUAUGGAGGCACGGGCUCAUUUCUCCCGAAAGGAAAUCAACAACACGGUAUGGGAGGUCCCGGAGAAGUACACCCAGCUCAAACAGGUCGGGACCGGGGCGUACGGCUCGGUGUGCUCAGCAACAAAUGAGAAAACUAAAGAGAAAGUGGCCAUCAAGAAGCUCCACAGGCCCUUCCAGUCAGAGAUCUUUGCUAAGAGGGCGUACCGAGAGCUCCGGUUACUCAAACACAUGAAGCAUGAGAAUGUAAUAGGAAUCUUGGAUGUGUUUACACCGGCCUCAACCUUGGAUGAUUUCCAAGACUUCUACCUGGUGAUGCCUUACAUGUUUACUGACCUGUCGAAGGUGAGGGGUCAUCUCUCUGAAGACAAAAUCCAGUUUCUCGUCUAUCAGAUGCUCUGUGGACUGAGGUACAUUCACAAGGCAGGAAUCAUCCACAGGGACCUUAAGCCUGGAAACUUGGCUGUUAAUCAAGACUGCGAACUGAAGAUCCUAGACUUCGGGUUGGCUCGCAGUACUGACGCAGAGAUGACGGGCUACGUGGUGACCCGUUGGUACCGGGCGCCUGAGGUCAUUCUGAACUGGAUGCACUACACCCAGACUGUGGAUAUUUGGUCCGUGGGCUGCAUCAUGGCAGAAAUGAUCAACGGAAAAACCCUUUUCAAAGGGAAAGACUACAUGGACCAGCUGACUCAGAUUAUGAAAGUAAACGGAGUCCCAGGACCAGAGUUUAUACAAAAGCUGGAAAGUCAAGAGGCCAAAAGUUAUAUUAGGAGCCUUCCCCGCUAUCCAAGAAAAGACUUCUCAACAUUGUUUCCCAGAGCCAGUGAACAGGCUGUCGAUCUGCUUGAAAAGAUGUUGGUUCUGGAUGGGGAUGAGAGGCCCACUGCAGAACUUGCCCUGGAGCACCCCUACUUUGACAGCUUACGGGACCCAGAUGACUUUCCUGAGCCUAAGCCGUACGAUGACAGUCACGAUAACGCCACAUUGUCCCUGGACGAGUGGAAGCGGUUAUGUUUCAAAGAGGUAAAAAGCUUUGUGCCGUUCCCCCGACGGGACUCCAAGAGAAAAAACACUCUGACCAUGUCUCCGUGAGCCGAUGGACUUGAUGUACCUCGUGAUGCCCCAACUGUCACAGCAGACGACCAAUGGUGCCCUUGUAAAUUCUUCAUCACACUAUUUCUUUCGUCCUUUGGGUAUUUACAGUAGAUUUAAAAUCGGUGUAUAGAAUUGUGAUUUGUCUUAAAACUGCCCCUUCUUUUUUUGUAAUGUGAAUUUAAAAAAAUCCAAAAUGUAAAUUGUUACACAUUCCUGCCCAUUGUUGCAAAUGGUUUUGUGGUUAAAAAGGUUUCCUGUAAGACUGAUGUAAUAUUGGUUUCCAAAUAAACAAGUUGUGCAUA